CUUGCAAGUAGCCAACCAAGUUGCCUGCAACACACCACACCACUUGUCUCCUUGGGUGCCCAUAUCAUGCCUUUACUCCAGAUCACGCAAUCCUACGAUCCCCCAUUGGCUUUGAUCACAUGAAAGUGGCCAAGCAUCGUCCCCUUUCUGUUCAAGCAGCGGUGCACAUGCUUACUUUUCCUCUAUUUUCUCACACACACAGCACUGUAGGGAAAAGGAAAAGCUAUCAGCAUCGCCGCCGAUCUUUUCACACUCUAUCUUUUUUGUUAUAUGAAAAAAAAAGAAUGGCAAUUUCGCAGAGUGGCUUAUCCUCACUUUCCUCAUGCGUCCCAGCAAAAAAGUUACUCCGCCCCCCCCCCUAUCCUCCUCCAAAAAACACAGACUCUCUCAUACGCAGCACGUUUUUCUCUUUACACCCUCACAUAAUGUCCACUGCUCCUCCUCCUCUCGAAUCUACCUCAAAAAGCUUUGAAGUCUUUCACCGAAUCCAGCCCCACGAGUAUCUUCGCCGAUUCUUAGAACACAGUGUCCGUCCCGAUGGCCGACUACUCGACUCAUUCCGCAAAACAUUAAUCACAACCGGAUCCAUUUCCACCGCCAAUGCCAGCGCCAUGGUCCGCCUCGGCGGUACUACCGUUGUCUGUGGUAUCAAAGCAGAGGUCUGUGAACCUCACGUGGAACGUCCCAAUCAAGGCUAUCUUGUGCCCAAUGUCGAAUUAUCACCAAUGUGCUCACCCAAGUUCCGUGCAGGACCACCUCCUGAAAAAGCCCAAGUUACAUCCGAAUUUAUCCAUCAAUUGUUCACAAACUCUGACUUGUUCCCACUCGAGUCAUUAUGCAUUGAGGAAGGCAAGGCCGUAUGGGUCUUGUACGCCGAUAUCGUGUGUCUAAAUUAUGAUGGCAACAUCCUCGACGCAAGUCUGCUGGCUCUCACUGCUGCACUUUCAAAACUAACGCUGCCAAAAGCGCAAGUAUCGGAAUCCAUGGUGGUUGAGGCCGAUGCAUCCAACAAGUCGCCGGUAUUCCAGAUGACGCGUGUUCCCAUUGCAUCGACCUUUUGCGUGUUCCAGGAACCCAUGGCAGUGUUAUCGGAUCCCAACGAGGCAGAGGAGGCACUCACCAAGGAAACGGUGACAGUUGUGAUGGACAGUAGUGGUCAGGUGUGCCACGUCAGCAAGAAUGGAGGCAAUUCGAUCGAGUCGAGUGCACUGCGCACUUGCUUUGAACGCGCAGUGGAACGGACAAAGGAGAUGGCUACACUUAUUGAACAGGCAUGAAAAUAAAA